GAAAGAAACCAUGAUGAAAAAUGAGUAAAAUAAUGCUAAUGGAAAUGGGAAUGAAUUUUUUGACUUUCAUGAGAAAGUGAAUACGAUUUUAGAAGAAUAGGAUGAAAUCUUGAAUAUUCACAUGGCAGCCAUUAAGGUAAAAAAUUCUAUUAUGCUUUAAUAGGAAGACGCAAAAUUGUUGUAAUAGGAAAGUGAGUUAAUUCAAUCCAUUCAGGGGGUCGGUAUUGUCGAUUACGAUGUUGAUACGUAUGUGGGAAAUUUGGAAUCAUUUAUUAGGAAGAAACUUAAAAUUUAUAAUUUGUUAAAUAAGAAAUUGCAAGUGUUUAAGUAUUUAAAAUAUGUUAAUUAAUAUUAGGACUCACUUGAAAGAGGAAGAAGAGAUCAGUUCAAAGAUGAAGAAUACAUUCUAUUAUUGA